AUGCUGCAGCACUCGGAGCCGACCUCCAGCACCUUGACGCUGGUGGCCAACGACAUGACCGACAUCAUGGAGACGCUGGACACCCGCGAGCUGGACCUGGAGGACGGAGAGUACGACACCACGGACACCAACGUGGCAGCCGAGCAUCUGCCCUUCAAGGUGAUCUACCACACGGUGGGCUUCAAGGAGUCCGAGGCCAAAGUCUUCCUGUCGGCUCCCAUCACGGCCAAGAUCCUGGAGGUGGAGCGCUUCACGUCGGCUCAGGACCGCUUCAACGUGACCACGCAGAGGAGCGUCAACAAGUCUCUGCCGGCGGUGUUUAAGAUCGAGCUGAAGCACGGCGAGUUCACGUGGCUGGUGAAGAGGAAGGAGAAGCACUUCAUGGAUCUGCACCGGGAGCUCAGGACGUACAAGACCUUCAUGAGGCUGCCGCUGCCGACUCGCAGCCACACGAUAAAGCGUCAACCGGGCGAGAAGAGUGAAGUGAGGCAGAUGCCGAACCUUCCCCGAGGAGGCGGAGACGAGCUGGCCAGGGAGGAGCAGUCGUCCAGUCGCAGGAAACAAUUGGAAGAUUACUUGAACAAGCUGCUGAAGAUGUCGAUGUACAGGAACUACCAUGCCACGAUGGAGUUCAUCGAUGUCAGUCAACUGUCCUUCAUCCAUGACCUGGGACCCAAAGGCCUAGAGGGAAUGGUGCAGAAGCGAUCGGGCGGGCAUCGAAUCCCCGGGUUGAACUGCUGUGGGCGGAGCAACAUCUGCUACCACUGGUCCAAACGCUGGCUGGUGGUGAAGGACUCCUUCCUGGUCUACAUGAAGCCGGACUCAGGGGCCAUCUCCUUCGUGAUGCUGGUGGACAAAGAGUUCGGCAUCAAGAUGGACUCCAAGGACACGGAGACCACCCAUGGCGUCCGUGUGGACAGCCUGUCCAGGUCUCUGGUGCUGAAGUGCAGCAGCUACCGACACGCCCGCUGGUGGGGUCAGUCGCUCGAAGGCUUCGUCCAGAAGCACGGCGCCGCCUUCCUCAAAGACCACCGCUUCGGAUCCUUCGCCCGGCAGGAAGAGAACAUCCCCGCCAAAUGGUACGUGAAUGGGAAAACAUACAUGGAGGACGUAGCAGAUGCUCUUGAAGAAGCCAAAGAGGAAAUAUUCAUCACAGAUUGGUGGUUGAGUCCUGAGAUCUUCCUGAAGAGACCCGUCGUGGAAGGGAACCGCUGGCGUCUGGAUUUCAUCUUGAAGCGCAAAGCGCAACAAGGAGUGAAGGUGUUUGUGAUGCUGUACAAGGAGGUGGAGCUAGCGCUGGGCAUCAACUCCGGCUACAGCAAGAGGACGCUGCGCCACCUGCACCCCAACAUCAAGGUGAUGCGUCACCCGGACCACUUCUCCUCCGCCGUCUACAUGUGGGCGCAUCACGAGAAGAUCAUCAUCGUCGACCAAUCCGUGGCCUUCGUGAGCGGCAUCGACCUGGCGUACGGACGCUGGGACGACCGGGAGCAUCGGCUGACGGACGUGGGGAGCGUGACGCUGUCUCACCUGGAGCAGGUGAGCUCCGCCCCCUCCACUAACGCCGCCCCCCCCAACGGCAGCGGCGCCGGUUCCCAGAGCAACGGGAAAACCAUCUUCACCGUGACGGACUCUGGGGACCAGCCCAAGCUGAAGAGCCAGGGGAGGAUGAAGAGGACCAAGUUCAGCAUCAGGAGACACCUGCAGAAGCACGGCCUGGCUCAGGCCGACAGCGACAGCGACCUGGAGGCCGAGGAGAUGAGCGGCCCGGUGGGGACGGGCGACGGCGAGCUGCUGGGAAACACACGCUUCUGGCACGGGAAGGAUUACUGCAACUUCGUGUACCGGGACUGGAUCCAGCUGGAGAAACCCUUCGAUGAUUUCAUCGACAGACACACAACUCCCAGGAUGCCUUGGCACGACAUCGCCUCGGUGGUGCACGGCGGCGCGGCGCGGGACGUGGCCCGACACUUCAUCCAGCGCUGGAACUUCACCAAGCUGGUGAAGCCCAAGUACCGCUCGCUGUCCUUCCCCUACCUGCUGCCCAAGUCUCACACCACGGCCGGAGAGCAGCGCUACCAGGUCCCCGGCUGCGUGCCCGCCAGAGUCCAGAUCCUUCGCUCGGCCUCGGACUGGUCCGCCGGCAUCAAGUACCACGAGGAGUCCAUCCACAACGCCUACGUGCACGCCAUCAAGAACAGCCAGCACUUCGUCUACAUCGAGAAUCAGUUCUUCAUCAGCUGCGCAGACAACCGGCACGUGUUCAACAAGAUCGGUGACACCAUCGCUGAGCGAAUCAUCAGAGCGUACAGGGAAGGGAAAAGAUACCGAGUGUACGUGGUGACGCCUCUGCUGCCGGGCUUCGAAGGAGACAUCAACACAGGGGGGGGCAGCGCCAUCCAGGCUGUCAUGCACUUCAACUACAGGACCAUGAACCGAGGAGAACACUCCAUCAUCUCCCAGCUCCGGAAAGAGAUGGGAGACCAGUGGAUGAACUACAUCUCCAUCACUGGUCUGAGGACUCACGCCGAGCUGGAGGGGAAACUGGUCACCGAGCUCAUCUACGUGCACAGCAAGAUGCUCAUCGCCGACGACAACACCGUCAUCAUCGGCUCGGCCAACAUCAACGACCGCAGCAUGCUGGGGAAGAGGGACAGCGAGGUGGCUGUGAUCGUGGAGGACUCGGAGACGGUUGCCGCGGUGAUGGACGGGCAGCCGUACCAGGCCGGGAGAUACGGACUGCAGCUGCGUCUCGAGUGCUUCAGGAUGAUCCUCGGCGCCUUCACAGACGCCUCCAUCGAUGUCUCGGAUCCCGUGAGCGAUCACUUCUAUAAGGAGGUCUGGAUGUCCACCUGCGCUCGGAACGCCACCAUCUACCAGAAGGUGUUCCGCUGCCUGCCGUCCAGCGACGUGCGGAGCAUCCUGGAGCUGGAGGGCUACCUGGCGAAGGAAGGGCUGGAGAAGGAGGAGCCGGCCCGAGCCCGCGAGGAGCUGAGGAAGAUCCGCGGCUUCCUGGUCCAGUUUCCUCUUCAGUUCCUGUCUGAGGAGAACCUGCUUCCCCCCAUGGGCUCCAAGGAGGCCAUGGUGCCGAUGGAGGUCUGGACCUGAGACCUCCUGUGUGUGUUCAUGUGGGAGACACACACAACCUGCCGCCAUUUUGGAGAUUCUGGCGGCUGAAAGAAACAUUGAUUUAUAAACGGUUAUCUUGUCCCGUGGCUCGUAGUCAUGUUUUAACCCUGAGUUCAGACUCGCAGGAGCUUCAACCCAAUCCACAUAAAAACUCUUUAUAUGUUCAGUGAACAACACAGUUUUUCAGUUGGUGAAAUGAGAAGUGAACAGGAAGGAAAGAGGCCUUGUUUUCUUUUAUCAGUUUAUAGAUAUUAUAUUUUACACGGGGUUGUUUCUCAAGAAGUCGCUGUAGGUUUUAACGAUUUAGAAAAUGCAUCUUGUCAGGUUUACUCUCCAGGGCUCCAGAAACUGCACUAGUGAUAAUUCAGCCCCAGUGAUUAGGAACAAAACCGUAGCGUAUCAGUCGACAUUUACACUACGACCUCCAAAAUGGCGUCCGCUGUGUUUGCUUCCGAUUUGUGAAGACGCCUCUGACCUGUCGGUGCCACUGAUAACACAAAUAACAUCACACU